GUUUACCAGGGAUAAGAUCACAGAUUUAAUUGCUUCCCAAGCUUUGCAAAGUUUGCAUGAUGGCAAUAUAACACUCGUGGAGAAAGAUAGACAUUUUACUGCUUGCAUUAUUCUUCCUUCUCUUUGCAAUGGACACAUCUUAGGACUGAGCAAACUGCCCCCUGUUGGAGAGAAUUUUGAACUGUUGGAGGAACUUUGGAAAUUUAAGCAUGGUCAACCUUUAUCGAGUGAUUACUAUGUCAAUGUCCAUUUCAGCUAUGGAGGACAAGCAUACAAGCAAUGGUUGCCCUCAGCUUUUGUUCUUCGAGGUUCAGGGUUGUCUCCAGCCCCACAGACAGUUAGAUCUUCAAUGGCAGUUAAUGCUUUGAACUCUUUCAUUAGUACCAUAGGAAGUUCAGAUUUCUUUGGUCAAGGUCCGCUGAAAGUGAAGGAUGUAUCUUCACUUGAAACUCCUAUGAUGCAACCUGGCUGGAAAGCGGUCGGAACUGCAAGUAUUGACAAUAGAAUCAAUACUUCUGCAACUGAUCAAUGCCUCACUUCCCAGAACCUCCAUUUAACUUUAGAUUUUCGCACCAGAAAACCAGCUUAUUGGUUUAUUUCUGCUAAUAGUAUGUUGGAUCAUGAAAAAAAUCUUUCUGCUGCCUUGACAAGCGAUGGAAUGACAGAAACUACAACAACAUGUGUUUUUCAACUCCCAAUCCCAAAACCAUUGAAUGAAGUUGUGCAAGCAACAGCAAAACUUCCACCUGUUAGUCAAUCUGAAACUUAUCAAAGAGAUUCAGGUUAUAGAAAUGAUACAAUUGCCAUUAUUAAGCCUGCCUCAGCCCCAUCUAAUGCGAUGGAAGAAAGCAUUUUACGACAAAGAAAAGUGGACAAUUUACCAUGUAAUUCUAAAGACGUGAGAGACAAAGUGAUGAGCGAUUCUUUGACUCAUAAUUCUUUUUCAAAGGCUCAAAAAGCUGAAAAAAAUGAAGCCUUGGGUAAGAGGAGCUUUGACAAAGAAAACAAGAGUAAAGAAGGUAAAUCUGAUGCUUCCAUGAAGAUGAAGACAAAGCAAAACUCCGAUAGUUCCGAUGUAAUUUCGAAGGUCUUUGACUUCCAUGCAAGAGGUAAGCUACAAUCUCUUACUGUUUCGGAUCUAAAAUGCUUUCUUGCUAGUAAAAAGAUGAAGGUAGGCGGUAAAAAAGAAGAGCUCAUUGGACGAAUUACCGCAAUGCUUGACUGAUUAUUGAGUUUCCAACUUUACUCUUUUGUCCUUUUUUUGGGCAAAAUUUUACAUUUUAUUGCACUUAAAAUAAUGGAGAACUUGAAGAGGAUAAAUAUAUGUGGAUUGCCAUCCUAUCAUGAUUUCUCGGUGACUUUGGCUUUGAAGCG